AGAAAAAGCACCACCAACUCUCCCACAUGCAUCCCAAAUGGGUUGGCCUAGAAAGUCUCGACGCGAGAGGAGACGCUGCAGUUGAAGAAAGUCGAUUCAUUCAAACCAAUAAAAGAGUGAUUUUUAUUUUUAUCUCGUUUUACGGUCACCGCCAGCAUACAGCAGAGGCAGCAGCUUCUGCGCCUUCAGAAAGCCUUUCUGUAUCAUUUUGCAGUUCUCCUACUGCUUUGAAGCGAACAGGACAAAGCACUGAAGCAGGCGGAAGGGGAAGACAGAGAGAAGAGCGAAGCGAAGUAGAAGGGCAGAAGCUCCUUGUUAGCUGCUCCUGCUUCGAUUGGGCCGUCAAGUUUCAAUUUUGAACGAUCCGGUGGAGGAUUUCACGUCGGUUUCGUGGUAAAGUUGGAAUCUUGGACCAUUCUGUGCCUGUAAUUUGAAUCGGGAGUCGCUCGAGCUGAUUAUGUUCUUCCCUCACGCCGAUGAUGAUGCGCCCGCUUUGUUGUUCGCCAAUGGAGCGGCGCGGAAUCCGACGAAGAGAGGGAGAGAUUCUACGGAGGCUCCUACGACGGCGGCGGCGGCGCCGGUGCUGCAGAGCCACCCGGCGACGAAUCUGCAGCCGGUAUGCCUCGCACAGCUUCAGAGCUGCGUGCCUCCCCUCGUCUCUACCGGCAUUGGCCUCUCCGUUGAUGAGCAGCGCCGCCCACAGCAGAAUCAACAAUCGUUCGACACCUUCAUGUCCGGUGAUCUCGCUGUCUGUGUUACCCAGCAGAAGGACGAAAUCGAGCGCUUUCUUCACGCCCACGGAGAGUACCUCCGGCGAACGUUGGAGGAGAGGAGGCGGAGGAGCAUCCGUUCUUUAUUAGUCGCCGCGAGGAAGACAGCCGCGCAGCGGCUACGUGAGAAGGAGGCGGACGUGGAGCGGGCGGCGAGGCGAGGCGCCGAGCUAGAGCACCGCCUGGCGCAUCUCCGGACCGAAUCGAUGGCGUGGCAAGCGAGGGCCAAGGCCGGCCAUGCCGAAGCAGCCUCCCUCCACGCCCAGCUCCAGCAGGCCUCCGCCGCAAUCCUCCCGCCGAAGAGCGCCGACUCGGCCGAGUCGGCGUUCGGCGAGAGCCAAAUCGAGCCGGAGUGGGUGUGUCGCGCUUGCUGGGGCCGACCGGCGUCGGUCGUCAUCCUCCCCUGCCGUCACCUCUGCCUCUGCGACGUGUGCGACGGCGGCGCUGAGGAGGCGUGCCCUGUUUGCCGCUGCGUCAGAACCGGCGGCGUCCGUAUCCUCGACGCUUGAGAUUUCCGAUCCCAUCAUCUACAAUUCUUUAUCAAAAAAAAAAUGUUGAAUUUUUUCCUUUUUUUUUCUCAGCGUCGAGAAAAUCUAUUUUUCUUUAAAAUAACUAUGGUAUUCACUAA